CUCUCUCUCUCUGUGCUCUCUGCCAUGGAAGAUGACGAUGGAGCAUGCAACACAGGGCUGUCUCUUGGCCUGGGGAUAGGAGGGUAUGUGCCGAAGAAGAAGAAGCAGAUCAGAGAGAACAAUCAAGUGGCGGGUCGCUGGGACCUACCCUUUGAACUUGGUCCCAAAGGAGAAGAGACCCUUAAUACUAAGGAUCAUGAAGAACAUGGAUUGUUCAGAAUAAAGAGAAGGGGUCAUGAUGACGCCAACAACUGCAGAAAGAAACUGAGGCUCACAAAGGAUCAAUCUGAGUUGCUGGAAGAAAGCUUCAAGCUACAUACCACCCUUAACCCUGCUCAGAAGCAUUCUCUUGCGGAGAAAUUGAAUCUCAGACCUAGACAGGUCGAAGUUUGGUUUCAAAACAGAAGAGCAAGGACCAAGUUGAAGCAGACAGAGACAGACUGCGAGUUCUUGAGGAAAUGCUGCGAGAAUCUGAGAGAAGAGAAUCGAAGGUUGAAGAAAGAGUUGCAGGAGUUACGUGCACAGAAGAUUGGGACGACGACGUCGGCGUUGUUCAUUCAACUCUCAAAGACGACGGCGACGGCGGCGACGACGUGUUCGUCAUGUCAGAAACCAUUCAAAGCGAGUGACGCAAAUAAUAAUAAUAACAAUAACAGUGGCAACCAUAAAUUGGAGAGAGUGGCCUUAGAUUGCUACGUGGGAUAAAUAUGGUGCCAUAUAGGUGUUGCGUUUUGGUGAAAUGCCAAGUUCCGUAACAAUUUGGGAUGUUUGGGGAAUUAAUGGGCAUUAUGGUAUAUAUUUACUCAAAUUUUAUAUGGGUUUGACCAAAUAUUAGACGAGGAAUAUGAGUCAGUGGGAAGAAAGAAUAUAAUAAGUUUUUGAAUGGUUGAAGUUGAAACUGACAAGAGGAAAAGAAUUCCCCGAGUCAGUCAUCCACUAAUUAAUUAGAAAGGUUAGAGAAGUUACAAAUAUGUGUGUGUGGAUACAGAAGGAAUGGUUUGUUAUUUGUAAUUGCCAUCUUUCAAAAACCAUUCGUUUCCUUUCACUUCUUC